GUCACAGGUCCCCCUGCCGGGAAGGGCGCCAACGUCCGGGCAGCCCUCCAGGGCCUUCCCAGCCUCCCACCCGCCCCCGCCAGGGACGCCCGCCCCCUACCCGCGUCCGGUGCCCGCCGUGCCCUCUCCGGGAAGAGUCGCGGCGAGCGGUCGGUCCCAGGAGGGGCGGCGGCCAGUCCGGGGUCCCAGAUGGCCGGGGCCCCAGCUCCGGGUUUGCCCACGCCCGGGGCGCUAAACUCCGGAGACCCAGAGCCGCGGCGCCCUCCCCGGAGGCGCAGGGACCUCCUCCCCCCGCCGCCGUCCUGCCUACGCUGGGAAACCGGACCCUCCCUCCCGGCUCCGGUUUCCCGAAAACUCCUGACUUGCAGAUGCUAAGAAUGGCUUCCUAGACCCUGUCCCUCCCCUCCCUGCUUCAUGCCAGAGCUCUGGCCCGCAGCCCUUACCCCCUUGAGACCCUCAGUCUCUUCCUCUUCCUCCUCCCGGGACCCAGGCGUUCAGGCGCUCGUCCUUUCUAGGGAACCCAAGAAUCUGGGACCCCAGUUGCUUCUGCUCCCAGACUCAGGGGUCCAGGCACCCAGUCCCCUCCUCUCUGAGAUCCUGGAGUCCGAGCCCCAGCCCCCUCCUCCCUCAGACCCAGGUGUCCGAGCCCCAGCCCCCUCCUCCCUCAGACCCAGGUGUCCGAGCCCCAGCCCCUCCUCCCUGGGGACUUGGCUCUCAGCCAUCUCCCUAGGUCCAGCUGUUAUUUCUCGCCCUUUAGAACAUGCGGGCGGAAUGUGGGGCGGCCCUAUGGUCUGAUGCCUCCCGGAGCCUUCUGGGAGUCUCAGGACUCAUUAAAAGGCUCCCCUUAGGGGCCCACCUGUCCUCCCUAGGGCCUAGCGGACGCGGCUGCGGUCAGAGGAGCAGGAGGAGGUACCCCGACAUGCCUGAGGCAAAACCAGCGGCCAAAAAGGCCCCCAAAGGCAAAGAUGCCCCCAAAGGAGCCCCCAAGGAGGCUCCCCCUAAGGAGGCUCCUGCAGAGGCCUCCAAAGAAGCCUCACCCGAGGACCAGUCCCCGACUGCAGAGGAGCCUACUGGCGUUUUCCUGAAGAAGCCGGAAUCUGUCUCAGUGGAGACUGGGAAGGACGUGGUGGUCGUGGCCAAAGUGAACGGGAAGGAGCUCCCGGACAAACCAACCAUCAAGUGGUUCAAGGGGAAGUGGCUGGAGCUGGGCAGCAAGAGUGGCGCCCGCUUCUCCUUCAAGGAGUCCCAUGACUCCGCCAGCAAUGUGUACACCGUGGAGCUGCACAUUGGGAAGGUGGUACUGGGGGACCGUGGGGAUUACCGCCUCGAGGUCAAAGCCAAGGAUGCCUGCGACAGCUGUGGCUUCAACAUUGAUGUGGAGGCACCCCGUCAGGAUGCCUCUGGGCAGAGUCUAGAAAGCUUCAAGCGUAUGGGUGAAAAGAAGUCGGAUACUGCAGGUGAGCUGGAUUUCAGUGGCCUGUUGAAAAAGAGGGAGGUGGUGGAGGAGGAGAAGAAGAAGAAAAAGAAAGAUGACGAUGACCUAGGCAUCCCCCCGGAGAUCUGGGAGCUCCUGAAAGGGGCAAAGAAGAGCGAGUACGAGAAAAUCGCCUUCCAGUAUGGCAUCACCGACCUCCGGGGCAUGCUGAAGCGGCUGAAAAAGGCGAAGGUCGAGGUCAAGAAGAGUGCAGCAUUCACAAAGAAGCUGGAUCCAGCCUACCAAGUGGACAGAGGCAACAAGAUCAAGUUGAUGGUAGAGAUCAGCGACCCAGACCUGCCCCUCAAGUGGUUCAAGAACGGCCAGGAGAUCAAACCAAGCAGCAAGUACGUGUUUGAGAACGUUGGUAAGAAGCGAAUUCUCACCAUCAACAAGUGCACGCUGGCGGAUGACGCUGCCUACGAAGUAGCUGUCAAGGAUGAGAAGUGUUUCACUGAGCUCUUCGUCAAAGAACCUGCAGUCCUGAUUGUCACACCUCUUGAGGACCAGCAGGUGUUUGUGGGUGACCGGGUGGAAAUGGCAGUGGAGGUGUCAGAAGAGGGUGCCCAGGUGAUGUGGAUGAAAGAUGGUGUGGAACUGACUCGGGAGGAUUCCUUCAAGGCCCGGUACCGCUUCAAGAAGGACGGGAAGCGCCACAUCCUCAUCUUCUCAGACGUGGUCCAGGAGGACAGGGGUCGCUAUCAGGUCAUAACCAAUGGCGGCCAGUGUGAGGCCGAGUUGAUUGUGGAAGAGAAACAGCUGGAGGUCCUGCAGGACAUCGCGGAUCUGACGGUGAAGGCCUCAGAACAAGCUGUGUUCAAGUGCGAGGUGUCUGAUGAGAAAGUGACGGGCAAGUGGUAUAAGAAUGGGAUCGAGGUGCGGCCCAGCAAGAGGAUCACCAUUUCCCAUGUAGGCAGGUUCCACAAGCUGGUGAUCGAUGACGUCCGUCCCGAGGAUGAGGGAGACUACAUGUUCGUGCCUGACGGCUACGCCCUGUCGCUCUCGGCCAAGCUCAACUUCCUGGAAAUCAAGGUGGAGUACGUUCCCAAGCAAGAGCCACCAAAGAUCCACUUGGAUUGCUCAGGGAAGACCUCAGAGAAUACGAUUGUGGUUGUGGCUGGAAACAAGCUGAGGCUUGACGUGUCCAUCACAGGGGAGCCCCCUCCCGUCGCUACCUGGCUGAAGGGAGAUGAGGUAUUCACGACCACCGAGGGCAGGACCCGCAUCGAGAAGCGGGUGGACUGCAGCAGCUUUGUGAUUGAGAGUGCGGAGCGGGAAGACGAGGGCCGCUACACCAUCAAGGUCACCAACCCCGUCGGCGAGGAUGUGGCUUCCAUCUUCCUGCAGGUUGUGGAUGUCCCAGACCCCCCGGAGGCCGUGCGCAUCACUUCGGUUGGAGAGGAUUGGGCCAUCCUUGUCUGGGAGCCGCCGACGUACGAUGGGGGGAAGCCGGUCACCGGGUACCUCGUGGAGCGGAAGAAGAAGGGCUCUCAGCGCUGGAUGAAGCUGAACUUUGAGGUCUUCACGGAGACCACCUAUGAGUCCACCAAGAUGAUCGAGGGCAUCCUCUAUGAGAUGCGUGUCUUCGCCGUCAAUGCUAUAGGGGUCUCCCAGCCCAGCAUGAACACCAAGCCUUUUAUGCCUAUUGCACCCACGAGUGAACCCCUGCACCUGAUAGUGGAGGAUGUGACAGACACCACCACCACACUCAAGUGGAGGCCUCCAAGCAGGAUCGGGGCAGGUGGCAUCGAUGGGUACCUGGUGGAGUACUGCCUGGAAGGCUCCGAGGAAUGGGUCCCUGCCAACACUGAGCCCGUGGAGCGCUGUGGCUUCACCGUCAAGAAUCUCCCGACGGGAGCCAGAAUCCUCUUCCGAGUCGUUGGGGUCAACAUCGCGGGGCGCAGCGAGCCGGCCACCCUGGCCCAGCCGGUCACCAUCAGGGAGAUUGCGGAGCCACCCAAGAUCCGGCUCCCCCGCCAUCUCCGCCAGACCUACAUCCGCAAAGUGGGCGAGCAGCUCAACCUUGUCGUCCCCUUCCAGGGAAAGCCCCGGCCCCAGGUGGUGUGGACCAAGGGCGGGGCCCCGCUGGACACCUCCCGCGUGCACGUGCGGACCAGCGACUUCGACACCGUGUUCUUCGUGCGCCAGGCGGCCCGCUCCGACUCCGGGGAAUACGAGCUGAGCGUGCAGAUCGAGAACAUGAAGGACACCGCCACCAUCCGCAUCCGCGUCGUGGAAAAGGCUGGGCCCCCCAUAAACGUGAUGGUGAAGGAGGUGUGGGGCACGAACGCACUGGUGGAGUGGCAGGCCCCCAAAGAUGAUGGGAACAGUGAGAUCACGGGGUAUUUCGUCCAGAAAGCAGACAAAAAGACCAUGGAGUGGUUCAACGUCUAUGAACGUAACAGGCACACCAGCUGUACUGUGUCUGACCUCAUUGUGGGCAACGAAUACUAUUUCCGAGUUUACACGGAGAACAUCUGUGGGCUCAGUGACUCACCUGGCGUCUCCAAGAACACGGCCCGCAUCCUCAAGACAGGAAUCACCUUCAAACCGUUCGAGUAUAAGGAGCAUGACUUCCGGAUGGCUCCCAAGUUCCUGACGCCUCUCAUAGACCGGGUGGUCGUGGCUGGGUACUCGGCGGCCCUCAACUGCGCUGUCAGAGGCCACCCGAAGCCGAAGGUGGUCUGGAUGAAGAACAAGAUGGAAAUCCGCGAAGAUCCCAAGUUCCUGAUAACCAAUUACCAAGGAGUCCUGACGCUGAACAUCCGCCGCCCCUCGCCCUUCGACGCUGGGACUUACACCUGCCGGGCCGUCAAUGAGCUGGGCGAGGCGCUGGCUGAGUGCAAGCUGGAGGUCCGAGCUGCCUCCCUGUCUCCAGUCUCUCCCUCCUGCCAGCCACCUUCACCCCUGGACUCCGGCCCCAGAGAGCUCUCUCUAUCCAGAGCUGCUCUGCCCCAGCCCUGGGGGCUCCCCACCGCCCUAGCACCCCUCCACCUGGUGUUCACGGUGGUGUGUCCGCCCGCGGCCCCCACCCGCCCCGGUUCUUCCCACAUGAUGUCCCAGCCACACCAGGCUGUUGGCGGUUACACUGGCCAGGCUUUCCCGCCACAGGGACUUGGCACAUGCUCUUCCCUCUUCCUGGAACGCAAUUCCUCCGCUCCUUUACCCUGUGCUCCGGCCCAUCAGACGUCUGCCAGUCCAGGCUCAGCGAGGAGGCCACUAACUGUGUCCCUCAGAGCAGGAUGACAUCAAUGUGGACUUCCAGAGUCCCUCCCGGAUGGUGACUUCUGACCUCUGACUUCCCUGGCUCUGAGGACAGCCCAGCAGACAGGGUGGCUGGGGACCCUUAACAAACGCUCAGAGAGGAUACUUGCUAGCCAAGCACGGUGGCUCUCGCCUGUAAUCCCAGCACAUUGGGAGGCCAAGGCAGGCGGGUUGCUUGAGCCCAGGAGUUCAAGACCAGCCUGGGCAACAUGGCGAAACCCUGUCUCUACUAAAAACACAAAAAACAUUAGCCAGGCCUGGUGGUGAAUGCCUGUUGUCCCAGCUACCUGGGGGGCUGGAGCAGGAGGAUAACUUGAACUAGGGAGGCCGAGGCUGCAGUGAGCUGAGAUUGCACCACUGCACUCCAGCCUGGUGCAACAGAGUGAGACUCUGUCUCAAAAACCAAACAAAAACACCCCAGAUUACUGCCCUUCCAAGCCCACCCAAUUUCUGAUACUCUGCUGUCUCCCUGAUUAACUAUUAAAUCAGCUCAGAAAAAUCCCGGCCUCAGGAUUCCAGUGACCGCGUACAGCCAGCAGCUCAGAACGUCCCCAUCUGGGAUCCAAAAUAGCAGUAAUCAGGGGCACUGUGACUCUGGGUUGUCCAGCCACAGUGGCCUGGGAUGGGGCAGGAUGGUGACCGUCGUCCUGCCCCCCUGCUGGUCAUGUGGAUACAGCUCCUCCUGCUGGGGCUUCAGGAGGAGGCGUGCCCGGGCCUGGCUCACCUGCUUUCUCAUUUUCCUGCAGUGCCGCAGUGAGACCUAUCCCCUACCUGCCAAGACAGUUGGUGGCGGAGUCCUGACCCCAAUCCCCAACCUCCUGGGACUGUGUUCUUUCUGGAGUUUUUGCUGAGAGCAAAACAGUGUUGUCUGGACCCUGGAA